AUGGCCUCCAACGAAUACUACCAGCAGGGCUACCCUCCUCAGCAGGGCGGCUACCCUCCGCAAGGCUAUCCUCCCCAGGGCUAUCCUCAGCAGCCCCAAGCUAGCUACGGCCCUCCCCAGGGGCAGUACGGCCCUCCUCAGGGUCAAUAUGGUCCUCCUCAGGGCCAAGCUCCCAUGCAGUACGAGCAGGCUCCUCCCCCGGAUAACCAGCGCGGUCGCGGCGGUGACCAGGGCUGCUUGAUGGGCUGCAUCGCCGCUCUGUGCUGUUGUUGCGCCAUCGAAGAGGGAUGCGAGUGCUGUAUCGAUCUUUGCGAAUGCUUCUUCUAA